AUGAUCCACUUUUUCUUUUAGCUAGUAUUUGGAAAGAGCGAGAUACAGUAGAACAUGAAGUUAUAUCUGCUGAUAGUUUAUAUUGUUUACCAAUAUCAUUAUCAUUGGAUUCUUCUGGGCUAGAAUUUUCACUUACA